UGGAGCGGGAUAAAGUGCGAACUGGAACUCGAACCCGAACCCGAACCCGACGUUGAGUGCAGAGUGAGAGUACGAUUAUUGCGGAGCAGAUAAGAGAGCAAGCAGAGCAAAGUGGCGAGCAGACAGCGAAGUAGCAGGCAGAAAGGCAAGAAGGCAAGCAGGCAAGCAGGCAAGCAGGCGGGCAGGCAGGCAGGCACGGCAGCGAUACGAGAGCGAACCACGAAGUAAGAAGAAGUACUAGAGAGUGGUAGAGUAGUGUGUAGUCGAGUACUCGUUCGGCUGUCGUUUUCAAGGAUUUCCAAUUUGCAGUUACGCAGCCGAUUGUCGGUCUCCGUUUGUUGCUGGUGUAUAGCCGUCGCCCUCUCGACUUGGAGGUCUCACUCUAUGACAAAGGAGCGGCUACAGCUGUGGCUGUGGCUGUGGCUGUGCUGUGCCAAGUACCCAGCACCGACAGAACAGAACAGACCUCAGCCGGUGUUCGUCGCGUUAAUCUAAGCGGAUGUUGGUACCGGUAUUUGGUGGUCAGCUCACUACGGCCACACUCGUACUUCGUCUGCUAGUCUGCUAGGUCUGGUUGAUGGGUAUUUGGGCGCUCGGUGAAUGAAUUUUUGUGUGUGAAUUGAUAAGAGUGAGGAAGUGUAUCCGGAGGCCAGCAUAGCAACAGAGGCAAGUUCCAGAAGCUACCGGGUCGGCCCCGGUACGGGAUGAUUUCAAUGUGCGCGCGCCCACUUUACCCACUGUAUAGUCAAGUACCGCGGCCCUGCAGUAGUGCUCAUUGAUGCGAAGUGCAUGUGCUAGCCGCGAUAUCGUUUCGCGGCGCAUACUUGACUCCAACGGCCCGUCCGAUGCCUCUGGCCCUGGAACCCUUGGAGCCGCUUCACCCUCCACUCCGCCCUCCGCCACUGACAUGAUGGUCUAUCCCGACCCCCAGUGGACUCCCAUGCUCCAGCUUUACGAUGAUGUCGGGUACCGUGUUAACGUCGUGGAGGCUCUCCAAGAGUUCUGGCAGAUGAAGCUGGCGAGAGGUGCCGAUUUGAGGAAUGGAGCUUUGGUGAUCUACGAGUCGGUACCAUCCAACGCCCAACCGUACGUGUGCUAUGUCACACUUCCCGGCGGAUCAUGUUUUGGCAGUUUUCAGAACUGCCCGACGAAAGCCGAAGCGAGGAGGAGCGCCGCGAAAAUAGCUUUAAUGAAUUCGGUGUUCAACGAGCACCCGUCCAGACGCAUAUCCGACGACUUCAUCGAGAAAGCUGUGGCCGAAGCUAGAACAUCGUUCAAGGGCGAAUCGGAGGAGGCGGACAACCCGAACACCGGAAUCGGGGCGUUCCGGUUCAUGUUGGAGUCCAACAAGGGCCGCACCAUGCUCGAGUUCCAGGAGCUGAUGACGGUGUUCCAGCUGCUCCACUGGAACGGCAGCCUGAAGGCGAUGAGGGAGCGGCAGUGCAGCAGACAGGAGGUGGUGGCCCACUACUCGAACCGUGCCCUCGACGACGACAUGAGAUCGCAAAUGGCGCUGGACUGGAUCGCCAGGGAGCAGGAGUGCGCCGGAUCGUUGAGGAAGGAGCUGAACCAGGCGGAGAGGGAGCUGGAAUCGGCACGGCUGGCCGGACGGGAGUUGAGGUUUCCCAAAGAAAAGAAGGAUAUUCUUAUUUUGGCCCAUAGUCAGGUCAAUGUCAGUUAACGAUCUGAUCUCUGAGAGUCUUGUGUAGUCGUUUUUAUAUGCAACAGUUGGUCUGGAUCGGGCUACAGAAGACGGUACAUCUUUUCAAAGUGCUGCUUCUUCCCUUAUUUACUAACUUUUACACGCUGAAGAAGGCGCACUUUGGAAACGGUGAUGAUGUGAAUUUACGUGAUAUAUAAGUAUAAGUGUUUUUUAAAAACUAAUUUUUAAAGUUACGGUUACGGAUAAUGAAAUUGUACUUGCUUUUUUUGAAAAACAAUAAAGUAUAAUAACUAUAAUAACUACAUAUGAUGUAUGCCGCAUUUGAUACAGUAAAAAUAGAAACAAUAUAUAUUUAAGGCGUUUAAAAAUUAUGAAACAGUAACCCAGUUCCUAAAUUAUCUUCUAAUUUGUGCAUCCCGAAACGGUUUUCGAAAAAACGUAUUUAGCCAUUGAUUUGUUCACGUUUUUUGAACGCCUUGUUGCAUAAAAAAUUUCGCUAUACGUUUCGUUAGUAAUUAUGAGACUGUUUUGUUAUUUUAAGUAAAUUAUUUAAUAUUUGAAACGUUUGGCAGUGAAAGGUCUUAAUCAAAAUGUGCAAUCAUCUAGUAAGAGAAAAAUUGGUGUUAUCUGAAGAAAUUUUAAAACAUUUUUCUGUCGAAUGUUUCAUUUUAUGUUGAUAUUGUAAAAUAGGACUGUCAAAGCCUUGAUUAUUGUUUUAAAGAUCUCUUGCUUUAAUAUAUUGUUAAUAUGUUAUCUUACAAAAACCUGCUUCCGAAUAAGGCUGAGCAUUGGUUCAGAACCAAUACUUGCGGCAGCUACGUCAACAUUAACAAUGACUUGACUUGGUUCAUCUUUUCGAAAAUUUGUUACUUUGUAAAUAAGUGGAAUUUGGUUUUUGUGUGAGUGCAGAUUAACAGAGUUUAAGAAUUUGGAGCCUUAGACUUUGUUAAUGUGUGUCGUGAAACAUAUUGCUCGUUAAGUUGUUGACUGAUUUACUAAGAUGCUGUUGCUAAUUUCUUCGCUAACUGAACAUUUUUAUUAUAUUAAUAAACUUUUCCAUUUAACCGUU